AUGAACACCGCAACGGCCCCAGUGGACGAGAUUCCAUCUUCUCCAGACACCGACGAAACUACUACCCCCAUUUCGGAACCCUGGACGCCUCUGAUUCGCUCCGGAGAGACUUCACCUGAUUCAGAAGUCGUCGAGGACCCGGUGGUGACGAUGCAGAAAAAGAAAAAGAAGAAGAAACCCAAGAAAUCCGCGAAAGCGAAGGAGGCAGCGGCGCUCAAAGCGAAGGCGCAAGAGGCUCAGGAUGCCGAGGACGCGGAAAGUCGACCGCCUGUCCUCUGCAUUAGCAGAAAUAAGCAUUGGCGGUAUAUCAGCUCUUACCACGGUCCGUGGCUCCAACUCCCUCUCGAACUCCUAGAAUCUUUGCUAGUCCUGAAUAUGGAUCCAACGACGCUAACGGCUUCACCUUCCGAAGCCAUGGCUACGCGUCCUCCUCCUCUCCUACCGCCACCGAUGUCCGCUAAGUCUCGAAGCAUGUACGGGCUAGGUGACUUCUCUCCGCCAGAUUCCCCUAGGAGCCCAUACCAACAGCAGUACCAACCGCCUCCAUUCCCCCCACCUAAUCCAGGAAAAGCUACACCCCCACCCAUAGAUCCUGGGGUCUUCCGCUCCGUGACUUCUAUCCGCUCCCUUAUUGAUGAAGCAGCAGAGCUUUCUGUACGUGCUUCGUCUGGAUUAUCAGCUGCAGAACUGGGAUCUAUGAGAGGAGCAUCAGGGCUCAAUAAUAGCCCCUGGGCUGCAGCUCAGUCACUUGGCUUCAAUCCGCUUGGAAACAACAACAGUAACGGGAGGAAUGUCGCAAUGUCUGCAAUGCGCAUUCAUAGGCUACGAGCCCUUGCCGUUCAAAAACUAGCUCAAGCAUACAAGACUGACGAGGUUGCUUCGAGUGUAAUGGUUAUGCAAGGAGGGAGUGUAUUCGAUGACCUUGCAGAACGGAUAUUGAAAACUGAUCCUAACAACGCUGACGCUAAAUAUGUCCAUUUCUUCCAUGAGAAGAUUCCUUCUCGACAACUUGCCGAGUCAACCACGCCCAAAGUUCUUGACGAGUUGAUCGCGGCUCACCCUCAGCAUCUCGAAUAUUAUCGCACUCGCGGGAUCGUUCAUUGUUUCCGGGACGAGUAUCCACAAGCAACCAAGGACUUUACCUAUGCCUUGAAAGAAGCCAGAGCCGCACGCAAAGCCAAGAUGAUGCACAGAAGCAACAGUGAAGGUCAUGGGGUUUCCAAGAAUGGCAAGCGGCGGAAGGGCAGCAGAGCUGGCCACACGAAUGGGCAAGCCCCUCCUGAUGGUACCAGUUCGGUGGAUGACUGUCAGGAAGGAUCCGAGCUUUUGCUGCAUCCUUCCGUUUUGGCUGAUGCGCCUGAUCCUAUCGAGCCACAACUUCUCUUUCUCCGAGGUGCCGCUUAUCUUCAACAAGCCAUACACAUGAUCGAAGGUGCCAUUCUCAAGCUAGAGAAUAUCCAUAAAGCUCCUUCCGUCGACGGCGCGGAACUGAGACUCUGCUACAUCGAGAAUGGAAAAUAUGGUGGGGUGGAAAUUGGCAACCCAGACGGCCCACUGGGAUCAAAGGCCGCACCAAAGCUGACUGCGUAUAGGGCCUGGUUGGGGGAGAAGGAGUUCAGGGAGCAAGUAACCCAGCUGCUGAAGAGGAGUCUACGCGAUCAUGAGAAGUUUCAAACUCAUUUUGAUUCCCUUGAUUCUCCGAACGUUAUACCCCCGGGGGAUAUCGCUUUCCAAACCGAAUACGCCUUUCUUCUGUCAGAAUCUAUCCGACCAGGGAACCACGCUAACAUACCCCCGCCUAUCAAUCCAGAGGUACCUGCCAUGUUCACGACUUACCAUCCGCUUCUUGUGGAAUCUCACUUUAGCGUGUUGAUCUGCAUGCUGAUGUUGGCUGACCUUACGAAUAUAUUGCCCACUUUCAUACGGACUGCGGCUCUUGUCGACGGAUUAGAAGGGUAUCCGGUAUUUCUCCCACCAAGGUCAAUGGGCCAAGCCGAGUUCAUCGAGGUACUGGAGCGUCUUGCUGGUGGAUGGCGGAAUGGUGUUCAGCCCCAUUCGUUGUCCAAUCAACGAGGUAAGGGCCGGCUAGCGAUUGACGCGCCGCCUGUGUCACCUUCUCGGCUGGUCAACGGCUCGGGCAUGUUGUCCGCCUCGUCCUCUUCGUCUUCAUUUGUCCUCCAGGGUGUCAAUGGUUCGAGCAGCAGCUCAAUGCUCAAUGGCCAACUUCAUUCUGAUGCACCAAAAACUAAUGGGCAUACGGAGCAUCACGAAGAGGAUCAAGCUGCGGAACCAUCACGCCCCGAUGCAGCUGAGGCAUUGGAUUGUGCUCGGAUUCUUUUGGCCCCAGUGUACAAGCGCCAGCGGGAGCGCGCGGAGAAGGCCGCCAUGGAGAAGAAUGUGGGUGGCAAGAAGAAACCUAUCCCGAUUAAUAUUCCCCUCCAUGGACCACGAGUAGAGAUUAUUUUGGCCUGGUUGGGGGCUGUUCAUUUGCCUGAGCUGGACGUUUGA